GUAUUUAUAAUUAUCUAGGCUAGCAGUUGCAUCUUACAUUUUGAUUUCUUCAUUUAGUUCUUACAUUUGCUUUCCCUAAACGAGAAGUAACACGGUUAAAUUCUGUAGGCUACGUCCAUCUGACACAUGUGUGCAUAAGAACAGCACAGACUGAGCACAAGAACUCGUCCACUCAUAACCCAAAGUCAUAUAAACAGUGAAUUAUAACCUCCGUGAUUCGUCGCGGCUCCGGCGCGUGGUGCUGAAAGGACAGCGCCCUUAACUUUAACCUGCAUGGGCGUGGCGCUUCAACUAUCAACGGAGCAACGACACUUUAAGACCCAAGAAAAGAAAAAAAUAAAUAAAUACACAUUAAGAGUCAUCAUCCAUGCUAUGACUAAACCUAUAGGCUACAUUUCUCUUUAUUUACCACGUCAACCGCGUGUUCACCAAACAAAUGGUGUGAGCGCUAACAAUGGUAGACUAUCACACAAUGGGCAUUAAGUGACAAGUCAUCCGGGGAAAGAGCCCUCAGAUAUGGACACAUUGCAUCUUUAACCCUCAAAACACCGCAUCGCUUCCGCUGUUUCUCCUCUCAUCUCUCCAGCAGAACGUCACCUCAUCCUCCGUCGGUCUCACGUCUACUGUACGGUAACAUCUCUGGAUUUUCUCUCUGUCUAUCUGUCAUCGAAAUAUAAUGCUUUUAAAUCCUGAUGCGUUGCGUUUAAUAACAGUUUACAGUUAUUUGCAUAUAUCCUUCAUGUUUUGUGUUGUUCAACAGAUUGUUCAACAUGAGUAGGCAUCUUUUCUAAAGGGCUUUUCAUUGAAGUGUUUGCUAUCUUUGCGAUCAAUUUCAUGUUAAUAUGCAGAGCUGAAUGGUGUUGAUAAUGAAAUUCAUUGUUUUGAAAAACUCAUUUGUGUUACCUUUGUCAAAUAUCCUGAAGAAAUGCUAAUGGAGUUUCUAUAUACUGAUAUUUGUACCCAGUAGGAUUUUAUAUUAUUCUUAGAGGAUUCUUAUUUGAAUUAUUAUCUCAUUAGAAAAACAAAAAAGAAUCAUUAGCAUUCCUUUAGGAUUUGUAGGAACCUCCUCGCCUCACAUGUGAUACUGUUUCUCACCUCCCAAUGGAAAAACUAAUAUUUAGUGUCCACAGAGCAACUCCUUGCUCUCUAACCAGAGGUUUACAUGCCUUUGCAUCCAUCUGACAGUAUUCACUGAGAGAAAUGUCUGCUGUCGGAGAUGUGCCUGCAUUCUUCCAGAACAUGGGAAGCUCCAGCCCCAACCAGCCACGGCAGAAAUUCUGUGGCAUGUUCUGCCCGGUGGAGGGUUCGUCAGAGAACAAGACGCUGGACUUCGACUCGCUGUCCUCAGGGAAAGGUCGAGUGAUCGAGAGGCAGAAGGAUAUCACCAAACCACGAAAGGUGGAGAUCAGAAGAAGUGCCGGGAAAGAGAUUCUGCAGAACCUAAACGACGAGAGUGACCGUCUCUUGAUUAAAGGGGCUAAGAUUGUGAAUGAUGAUCAGUCAUUCUGUGCCGACAUCUAUAUGGAAGAUGGCCUGAUCAAGCAAAUUGGAGAAAAUCUGAUAGUGCCUGGUGGGGUGAAAACCAUCGAUGCCCAUGGGCGUAUGGUGAUGCCAGGUGGCAUUGAUGUGCACACACGCUUCCAGAUGCCUGACAGGGGCAUGACUGCUGCAGAUGACUUCUACCAAGGCACCCGCGCUGCGCUGGCUGGAGGAACCACCAUGAUCAUCGAUCAUGUGGUGCCUGAACCCGGGACGAGUUUGAUCUCAGCCUUCAAUCAGUGGCGGGAAUGGGCAGACAGCAAAGCGUGCUGUGACUAUUCCCUUCACUUGGACAUCACCGAAUGGCACAAGGGUGUACAAGAGGAGAUGGAGACACUCGUCAAAGAUCAUGGCAUUAACUCUUUCCUCGUCUACCUGGCUUACAAAGACGUUUUCCAGCUCACUGAUUCCCAGAUCUACGAAGUGUUCAGUGUAAUUCGGGACCUCGGAGCCAUCGCUCAGGUCCAUGCUGAGAACGGAGACAUCAUAGCCGAGGAGCAGCGCAGGAUUUUGGAGUUGGGUAUCACUGGACCAGAGGGACAUGUACUCAGUCGUCCAGAGGAGGUGGAGGCGGAAGCAGUCAACCGCUCUGUAACAGUGGCCAAUCAGACCAACUGCCCUCUUUACGUCACCAAGGUGAUGAGCAGGAGUGCCGCUGAUGUCAUUGCCCAGGCCAGGAAAAAAGGCACCGUAGUGUAUGGUGAGCCAAUCACAGCAAGCCUUGGCACGGACGGCUCACACUAUUGGAGCAAGAACUGGGCCAAGGCUGCCGCCUACGUCACAUCCCCACCCUUGAGUCCAGAUCCCACCACACCGGACUAUCUCAACUCGCUGCUGUCAUGUGGGGAUCUGCAGGUAACAGGAAGCGCUCACUGCACCUUUAACACCGCCCAGAGAGCUGUGGGUAAAGAUGACUUCACCCUCAUCCCUGAAGGAACCAAUGGCACUGAGGAAAGGAUGUCCAUCAUCUGGGACAAAUGUGUGGUAACUGGAAAAAUGGAUGAAAAUCAGUUUGUGGCUGUCACCAGCACCAACGCCGCUAAAAUCUUCAACUUGUACCCACGUAAGGGCCGCAUUGCUGUGGGUUCAGAUGCUGAUCUGGUUUUGUGGGAUCCCGAUGUUACAAAGAUCAUCUCAGCGAAGAGCCACAAUCUGGCAGUGGAGUACAACAUUUUCGAGGGUACCGAGGUGCGUGGGGCGCCCCUGGUGGUCAUCAGUCAGGGAAAGAUCGUACUGGAGGAAGGAAACCUCCACACCACAGAGGGAUCCGGACGCUAUGUGACCCGUAAGCCCUUCCCUGACUAUGUCUACAAGAGGAUAAAGGCUCGCAGCAGGCUUGCUGAACUGAGGGGAGUCCCACGGGGUCUCUAUGACGGGCCGGUCUGUGAAGUCUCAGUGACGCCCAAAGCUGUGACCCCUGCUUCCUCUGCCAAGACCUCCCCUGCCAAGCAGCCCGCUCAACCGGUCCGCAACCUGCACCAGUCUGGCUUCAGUCUCUCUGGUGCUCAGGUUGACGACAACGUCCCCCGCCGCAACACCCAGCGUAUCGUUGCGCCCCCUGGUGGCAGGGCCAACAUCACCAGCCUGGGCUAGACCCCCGUCUUUCAGCCGACAGGAGAAUAGGGGGCAGGGGGGAGGGAUGUCUAUAAACGGAGGUGUUUGCCGAGACCACCGUGUCAUAUCAAGAACCGAACCCUCCACAGGGCCUAUUGAUUCUUCACUCCCUAGUCUCCCAACCCCCGAGCUCUCACCCUUUUCCCUUGUUUUCUUUUCCCUACCCUACACCACUUCCUAAAGGAGACAUCUAGAAAAAAAAAGUAUUUGCCUCAUGUGAAGAGAGAAGGAAAAAUGUAACAUCCACAUUUGAGCACUUCUGAUUGUAUGAUUUUUAUACUGUACUUUCUAUCCACCAUGAGUCCUGUUAUUAUUUUUGUAUUUAACUUUAUUUGCUUUUUGAAAUCAGAGGGAUCAAGUGUGUGUACUAGAGAAGCUGUUUAUCAUUGUUACUUAUUAACAAGGCAAAGGUUAGAGUACUGGGUUUCUUGUGUCAUUGUUUGUGGCUAAAAGUCUAUAAAGACUUUUAAGUCUAUUACAUUAGGAAUGUCUAUAUUUUUAGGAUUUUUUUAUUACAUUUUUAUCAGUUUACAUCAAUAUGAACACCUGACCGUAUUCCGCCCGUGCCCUUUCCGUGGCAUUCAAUGCGAUUUCUCUACCAGUCAAUAAAAGAAAGCUUUUCCGGUGGUUGCUAAUUAAAAACCAUGUGUUUCACAACCAGAGAUAUUUAAUUAACAAUGUUAAUGUUAUUGAAGAAGAAACCGCAUGUAAAAACAAGCAGCUCAGCAAUGUUGGAGAAAAUAAGAGAGGACCACAAGUGAUUAUAGCUGGAAAUGUUCCUUGUUUUGUCCUCGUUCCAAAAGAAACUCGAACUUUUUUACACAAGCUGUUUUAAUACUUAAUGGUUAAGAACAGGAGAAAGUCAAGGUUGUAUAUGGCCGUGAAGAAAUAGUGGGCUGUUACUGUGGGGAUUAUUGAGAAUUUAGCAGGUGUUAACUAAAGGAAAUGCAAUGAAGAAUCGUCUUUUUGCUGUUAUGUCUCUUUUUAAGAACAACGUGGAUGUGACGCUUUGAAAUUAGUAUCAAUUUCCUAAUGCACUAAAGCCUAAAGUCUACUUCAGUUUUGACACAAAGCGUAUGCAUACGGUACAGCUGAACAAGUAGCCUUUCAAAGAGGGUUGCCAGGUUUUCACAACAAAACCCUCCCAAUUGCUACUGAAAACUAGCCUAGUUGCGUUUCAGGGGGGGGAUUUGGGGAGUUGUAAAAUCUUCUUUUUGACAGGGUUCCCCUCGUAAAAUUCGUAUUCCAGGGGCUAAAUGUCUCAUUAUUUGGGGUUGCUUCAAUCCGCGGCAACAGUGUUAAAGUAGCCCAAUUCCGUGGGAAAACUGCAGAAUUGGCAACACUGCUUUUGAAGUAUACAUCAUUUGCGAGCGUGCGCUAAUAUGGACGCUCGACAUAUGCGCUUUAGAAAGUUUCAUCCUUGUCCAGUGUCUACGCUAUUUCUCAUCGAAGAUGUUAUAAAAAUCUCUUUUACUCGUUUAAACUAGAGUUGCCCCUCACACAAGCACUAACUCCCUCCGUUUCUUUUUCGACUAUGAAACAAAGACCAAGGCCAGGACCAACUUUGUGGACAAAUUAAUUAGUGCAAAAAAUUUUUUUUUUUUUUCAAAACCCAUGUGCGAGCUUAUUGUACAGAGUACACGUUUACAAAAGUCAGGCCGCUCUGUACUGUGUUGAUGACAUUUCUGCGAUGAAAUUUACAUACGCGUGUGCGAAAAAACUGAAGUAUACUUAGGGCUUAAGGGCCAAAAAAAACCCAGACGGAUGUCCCUGUAGGUUUGGUUGCAGCGCAGUACAAAUAUACCAUGUGAGUCGUGUGAUUUUACAGUAUUGAGUGAUUAUGCCGCAACUUUUUAUGUCAACAAAUGUGAUAUCGCAACCUUAUGCUAAUGUGUCUUUUUUGUAUCUUUAACUCCAAGCUGUGCCGGAGAUGUACUGAUCACAUUGAGUACUGCUACAAGCUUGUUCAUGUUUAUUGUUUGAAACAACUGAAAGGCUGUUAAAUGUAAAAUAGCCGGUUAACCGAUACAAAGGUGCCAGAUUUUUCUCUUAACUCGUCAUAGUUCUUUUGAAAGGCUUUUCUGAGUAUGAGUUGUCAGCGCCAUUCUUAAUGUCGACAUCCAUUUUUAGUGCAGUUUUAAAAUGCUACGUAUUGUCAUAAUAUCAUAAAAAUAAAACAGAGUAAGUUAAAGGUGAUUUUCAACAGCUGUGCUGAUGGCAGCUCCAUGUUUUGGUGUUGUUGUUUUGUUUGUUUUUUAUCAAAGAAUGAAUGAGAGAUUUUCUGUUAAUCUGCUUGUUUCUCACCUAAGUUGGUUUGAAAACAUGAUAAACAUGCCCUAAAAGCACAAAGGGCAAUGCAUUGGGCAGCUAGCACGCUAGGUUAGCUGAUGUUUUCUUUUCCUGUGUUUGACAUUUUCUGUCGAAACAGGAAGUUUAGCUGAACACAUGGAAAUAUCAUCUUUUUUAUUUUAAAUGGAUUUAGGGUAUGUCACAGCCAUUAAUUAUGGUCUGGUAUUUGCUAAUGCUGGUUGGUUGCUUGUGGUAUCGUGGGAGGGACAUUCUCAUUCUAGAGUGCAUUUGAUUGGACAAAAAUGUGUAGUACAAGAUGAGUCAUCAAUAGCCUAUUUCUGGUUCAUUUUUCCUAAAGAGAAACAAUGUACAUUUUAAAUGUGUUUAACUGUUAACAUUUAUGAGUACAUUAGCCUUGAAACAAUAGACAUCGACUAAACGCCACAAAAGUGUAAUUUUAAUGUUAUGAGUUCUUUAACAGUAAUGAUAAUCCACAUUUUGUGGAUGGUGCUAAACCUUAUGUUCAGCCCAGACGAAUGAGGCAUAGUAUAAAGUAAAAAAAACAGUAAUAAAAAGGCUUUAACUGGUUUUAAUGUGCCUUGCUUAAAUCACGACAUGGAUUAGCGAUGGCGGAAAUUUUCUUGUAUAGUCUGUUUUUCAUUUAGUAAACCCGUCCUCCAGAUGUUUUCUUUUCCCUCAUGCACAUCUUGGCUUGUAUCAUCAUUCUCCAUUGCUUGCCUUUUCCUCUGUGACUCAACACACAAACACACACAAGCUCCAAUUCAUUCCAGCACUGACAAGGUUUAACCUUGCAUAUUCACUGCUGCUUAGUUGUUGUAUGCUUAGUGUGUAUUCAAAGACACAAUUGUUUCUUCCAAUGUGAAGAAAAUACGGAGCUCCCAAAGGGCCACUGCAUGGAGAGGAAGAAUCUUUGCAAUGCUUUUGCAUUCCCUCGCAAAACUUUUGUGUUCCCCCGAGAAACCUUGUAUUGCUCGCAAAACCUUUGUGUUCGUCAGAGAAACUUUGCGUUCACUCGCAAAAUUGUACUAAUGUUAAUAAUAUGAAGUAGGAGGAAAAACACAAACGUUUUGCGAACAAACGUAAAUGCAUUUAAAUAUCAUUUUUCCUCCAUAUUUUUCCACAAACAUGGGGCUCAAUAGGAAACUAAAAAAAAAAAAAAAAAAAAUAGGGGGGAAAAAAGGUUUACGUUAUCCCAUAGACCAAAAAUUAUAAUAAUUUUGAUGUAUAAAUUUACUUUUCUUCCUUGUAUGAAUGCCGUAAGAAAAAUAAAUUAAAUUCAUAAUACAAGUCUUCAUUUCUCACGCAGUUUUGCAUCUCAUGCAAAUUUUUCUUGUUUUACAAUGUUUAUCUUUUUACUGGAAAGCGCGACAAAAAUAGGCUAUGACGUUUUGUCCAAGUUCUCCAAGCAGACGUUAUCCUAAAAUGUCUAUUUUUGACUCGUUUUAAUCACGUUCUUUAGGUUUGUUACAUAAAUUAAGCCAAACUACAGCGGAAGAAAAAAGCGAGAGACUUGGCCUACGUGUUGUUGUUGCACCGUGACUGUCUUUGUGCGCUUGCUGUUGGAAUGUGUCUCUCAAAUGGAGGGCGACGCGAAGGUUAUAAUGAUUCAUUCUGUUUAGAAGGACUGAUGUGAUGCCGCUGUAGACCUCACAGAGUAGCUAUAUCUUCUAGUUAUCACCUCAUGACUGUUGUGAUUGUUUUCGCUCUUCCUGUUUCUUGUUCGUUUCUUGCUGACCUCAUUGCCUUUUUACUGUUACUAUGACGACUCUUUUAUUUGUCAUGGCAACACAUUACACAUCGGAAGCAUAUGCCCCUAGCAACCCUUCUGGGCCUGGUGCUAUUAAAACAACAUCGAAUGGCUGGAUCAUUUCAACUAAAAGUUGUGAUUACAGCACAACACAAACCAUAUCUGUACAGUACCAACCUUUCCAAAAGGGAAGCUGCCAUAAUCUGUUUCCUGCCUUUCUUGGUGGCACGUUUAUCAGUAUGGGAGUAACGUUACUGAAUUAAGUUUAUUUCUUCCAUACCUCAUGGACAGUUUUUUUUUCUUCUUUGGAUUUUAACCUGAACAGUUUUGUGUAUGUUUGCUAGUGAGAUAGAACUCAAUUUAAGAUUUUUUUUUUUUUAAUUUGUAGUUUUCCACAAACUUCUCAAUUAAACUUAAUGAUUAGUUUAAUUAUUUUAAUUUUUUUCAAAAAAGACAAAAUAUUAAGCAAAUUAGUUUCUUUUCAUUUAAGAUGGUGUGGAAAUAUGGCAUAAAUUGAGAACGGAAUUGUCCUAUGUGAGUUUUCCAUGUGUUUUCCUUGAGACUUAAUAUGAGCAUAUGCAAGAGUUCAAAUUAAACAUGCCUUAAGCAUUUCCUCUGAUCCCAGAGCAGCUGUCGGCACUAACACACACUCACACACACACUUUGCUAUGUAUGCUUGAAUGUUCUUCUAUGCGUGGUAUGUAAUCUAUGUAAAAUGCAGAUGGGAACUGAACGAUGGUUCAGUCUGAGGUUGCCAAUGAUUUCUAGUCCCGCCACUUUCUUUCCCCCAUCAACCCCAGUCCAGAAGUUAACCUGUUGUGUGCUGGUGUUUAUUCUGUUGGCUGUGCUGUUUGAGGAUGUUUGCUUGCGCUGAAAAGUGUUAAACCCCUUGGAUGGUGAUGUUACAAAAACGUAAAAAAUGAAUAAAAGGGAAAAAAGAAA